AUGGAGGACUCGCAGCUGCCGUCACCUGCCGGCACGCAGCUCUUGGUCGACGUGCGCGGCGCAGAGAUCGUCUCGAGCCAUUCUGAAGAGUGCGUCCCUCGCCCUCUCGUCCUCACACGACCCGGGCGAGCCUCGGCAACGCGGGCGUGCCUCAGUCCAGCUCCUGACUCGCUCCCUCUUCACCGCAACAGCCCCGAGGUGUACCUGCCGCACCACGAGGAGAUGAUCUCGCACAUCGCCAUCGACAUCGGCGGCUCUCUCGCCAAGGUCGUCUACUUCACACGCUCGCCGGCGCAGCCGACUCGGCCAACCCUGAACGGCAAAUCCUCGUCGUCCUCCUCGCACCCUUUCGUCGACUCGCCCUCUCAGCCCUGUUCCCCUUCCUCCUCGCCCGACAGCCGACCAGCAUGGGAGCCUCGAAGGACGCCGUCCCCGCCGCAGCAGGCCAAGCCCAACGGCAUCCUCGGCCCCAAGUCGCUCGCCCAGCAACACCACCAUCACCACCGGCCCGCCGCCAACUCGCCCUCGGCGUCCUCGCGCGCGUUCCAGUCGCACCUGCGACGGCGCUCGUCGACGUCGCGCAUCCCGUCCGGCGGGCGGCUCAACUUUACCAAGUUCGAGACGUCGGACCUGUCGUCGCUCAUCUCGUACCUCGACACGCUCAUCGCGUCGUCGGCCCAGGCCAACCGGGUCCCUGUCGACGUCAUGAAGCGCAACGUCAAGAUCAUGGCGACGGGCGGCGGCGCGCAAAAGUUCCACGACGAGCUGCACGACGCGCUCGGGAUCGAGGUGCGCCGCGAGGAGGAGAUGGAGUGCCUCGUCCUCGGCCUGUCGUUCGUCAUGGAGAUCCCGAACGAGGUCUUCUGGUACUCGGACGAGCUCAUCCAGGCCGCGCCCCAUUCUCCCCCUUCCACCGCACCGCCACCACUCCUGUCGGACCCGGACGACCUCCCGCGACCGUCGCCCAACCCGCCCCAGUACUCGAUCAAGUUCGACUCGUCGCCGACGCCGGCCCAGUUCCCGUGCCUGCUCGUCAACAUUGGAUCGGGCGUCAGCAUUGUCAAGAUUGACGACUACGGCAAGUUUGAGCGCAUCAGCGGCACGAGCUUGGGCGGCGGGACCCUGUGGGGCUUGUUGAGCCUCCUCACGGGCGCAAAGAGCUUUGACGACAUGCUCGCGCUCGCCGACAAGGGCGACAACUCGUCGGUCGACAUGCUCGUCGGCGACAUCUACGGCCAGGACUACCAGAAGAUCGGCCUCAAGUCGUCGACGAUCGCGUCGUCGUUUGGCAAGGUGUUCCGGCGGGGCGAGGGGCACGGCGCCGGGCCGACGACCGAGGACGAGGAGGAGGAGCGCAGGAGGAGCUUCAAGAGCGAGGACAUCAGCCGCAGCUUGCUCUACGCCAUCUCGAACAACAUUGGCCAGAUUGCCUACAUGAACGCCGAGAAGCACAACCUCGACCGCAUCUACUUUGGCGGCGGCUUCAUCCGCGGCCACGCCGCCACCAUCUCGACCCUGUCGUACGCGAUCCGGUUCUGGUCAAAGGGGACCAAGCGCGCCCUGUUUCUCCGCCACGAGGGCUACCUCGGCGGCAUCGGCGCGUGGCUCAAGAACAUUGGCGCCGGCGCACAGACGCCCGCGACCGAGAAGGGCGAGGACGAGGCGACGAGGGGGAGGACGCGCGCGCCGGUCGGCGGCGAGGGGGCGGCGGCGGGCGAGAGGUAG